UGCCCAGUCAAAGCUAAACCCCCUUGGGCGCUAGGGCUUUUGAGCGCCAAUGUCGUCUACCGCUGCUGGCGCCGCGAGCCUGGCGGCCGCCGCCGUCGACAAGCCAUGGAGGAGGCAAGCGGCGGUGGUGUGUGGGUGUGGGAGCAAGGCCGAUGUAGCCACUCUGGGCAACCUGUGUGUGGACAUCGUCCUCGAUGUGCCCUGCCUUCCGCCAUCCAACCCAGCUGCCAAGCUCAAAUUCCUGCGUCACCUCGAGUCCUGCCCGCCCGACGAGAGUGCGUGGGAGGCCGGUGGCAUUUGCAACUUCACCAUUGCGGCAGCCAGGUUGGGCCUCGAGUGCGUGACCAUCGGCCACAUUGGAAGCGAGCCCUUUGGCAAGUUUUUGAGCAGGAUCCUGGACAAGGAGGGCGUGGACGUGGCCAGGAUCAGCGCAGACGUGACCUCCGACUUUGAUGGCAGCACGCUAGUCUGUUGGGUGCUCGUGGACCCCGAGCACCAGCACGCGUUUUGUAGCCGGUUCGACUUCAACAAGGCUCCAGUGCUGGACAAGAUGCACAAGCUGCCCCCCAAAGCGGAGUCCGUCAUACAAAACUCGAAAGCGCUCCAUUUCAAUGGCUUCGCCUUCGACGAGCUGCUGCCUUCCGCUAUCCUCUCGGCGGUGGACUGCGCUCACGCGGCGGGCAACGCUGUCUUUUUCGAUCCGGGCCCGAGAGGCGAGUCGCUGUUUAGACAGGAUCGGAGCACGCUGGAACGAAUUCUUACCCUCAGCGAUGUGCUGCUUCUGACAGCCGACGAGGCUGCGACGCUGACCGGAAUAGACGACCCCUACGCUGCUGCCACAGCUCUCCUGGACAAUGGAAUGCACACCAAAUGGGUGAUUGUGAAAAUGGGAGCUCAAGGGUCGCUCAUGGCGGAUCGUCAAGGCUGCCACCACGUCCCAGGAUUCAAGGUUGACGUGAUCGACACAGUGGGCUGUGGUGAUAGCUUUGCGGCGGCGGCGGUGUUGGGCUACAAUUGCGGCUUGCCUGCCACCACCACCCUGACGCUUGCAAAUGCCGUGGGUGGCGCCACCGCCAUGGGUGGCGGAGCUGGUCGCAAUGUGGCCACCGUCUCAAAGGUUCACAGGGUGCUAUCUGACUCCGACUUUGACGGUGACAAUAAUUCCCUGGCUAAUCUUCUCCUCAGAAAGGACACGGCGUCUUUACUGGACAAGCUUGUUACGUGCUCCUGUAAACUUACCAAGUGAAGCUGCCA